GGCCACGCGGAGCCCGCUCACUUCCGGCCCGGUGGCCACGCCCCCGCAGCUGUCAGCGCGGCGGCCACGCCCCUCCCACAGCUGCUAAAGCCGUUUUUUUUUUGUCCCGGCGGCGCAGCAGCUGAAGGCGCCAGCCAGCAGCCGUCCCGUCCCGAGUCCUCCAGAGUCCACGCGGGUCCGUCCGGAGCUCCAUGGAGGAGAAGGCCGCCGCUCAGCUCCGAGUUUUGGCGCCACUUUGAAGCGGCUCCUCCCGGAGGACACUCCUGUUUUCGGGGCCAGCUCCAGGGAACCCGCCCGGCCUACAGAGGCUCUGUGAGCGGGCUGCUCCGCCUCCGAGCCCGGGAACUUCAAGGACUCUUUCUUGAGGUGAAGCCGCCGAAAAUCUGGGGUGUAACGCGAGAAAAUGAACCCUGCGCGUUGAGUGUUUCGGUGAUUCCCGCUCUACGUGGCUGCUGGCGGGUUCGCUCGGAGCGUGGGCCAGCUCGUCCGAGUAUCAUGCGAGGACAGGGGGAGCAGAAGGAGUCCACGAGUGUCGCCCCCACGGAGAAGCCCGAGAGGAGCAGAAAGAGGAAGGCAGAUGUUGCCAUUUUUCUACAGGAUCCUGAUGAAGAGGUUGCAGAGAUGACGAAGAAGAAGCAGCAUCUGGACUGUGAGGUGGACUGGAGCCAUGACUCAGACCGGACAAGCCCCCACGAAUACCGGACAAGCCCCCGGCGGUGGACGCCUGAGCGCUGCCAGCAGAUGAGUGCUGGCUUCCUGCACCUCAACUUUAACAACAUAUUUGUGACCCCGGUCCACUGCGCCCCCCUGCCGGCGCUGUGCUGGGCCAGUAAGGAUGUGGUGUGGAACAACAUGCUGGCCAAGGACAAGAGCUACUGCAGGGAUGUCCACGUGCUGGCGAAGCAUCCUCACCUGCAGCCCAAGAUGAGGGCCAUUCUGCUGGACUGGCUGAUGGAGGUGAGCGAGGUCUACAAGCUGCACAGAGAGACGUACCACCUGGCUCAGGAUUACUUCGACCGCUUCAUGGCCACGCAGAGGAACGUGCUGAAGUCCACGCUGCAGCUCAUCGGCAUCACGUGUCUGUUCAUCGCCGCCAAAGUCGAGGAGAUGUAUCCCCCCAAGGUUCACCACUUUGCUUAUGUGACCAACAAGGCCUGCACGGAAGACGAGAUCCUCAGCAUGGAGAUCAUCGUCAUGAAGGAGCUGAACUGGAACCUCAGUCCACAGACUCCCAUCUCCUGGCUCAACGUCUACAUGCAGGUGGCCUACCUGAAGGAGACGGAGGAGCUGCUGCUGCCCAGAUACCCUCAGGCCACCUUCACACAGAUUGCAGAGCUGCUGGACCUGUGCAUGCUCGACGUGCGCUGCCUGGAGUUCUCCAACGGCGUCCUGGCCGCCUCGGCGCUCUUCCACUUCUCCUCACUGGAGCUGGUGGAGCAGGUUUCAGCUCUGAAGAGGGUGGAGGUCGAGGAGUGCGUGAGGUGGAUGGUCCCGUUCGCCGUGGCGCUGCGAGAGGUCGGCGGGUCGCCGCUGAAGGGGUUCUUGGGAAUCGCGGAGGAGGACGCGCACAACAUCCAGACGCACGCCGCCUACCUGACGUGGCUCGAAAAAGCCGACUCCUACCGGGACGCGGACCUGCGGCGCCACGGCUCCUGUGCCGUCCCCUCCGGGGUCCUGACUCCGCCCCUGAGCAGCGAGAAGUCAGAGGACUGGGCUCAGGCGGACGCUCCGAAGACGAGGACGUGCACGCUGUCCGGACCGCGGUGAACGUCAGCAGGAGCGUUUGUGGGGUUGAACUGGAGACUCCGCCCCCUUGGUGACUGAGGAGCCGUCUUUCUGAGCGACUUUGACCGUCUAUGCAUCGCCGUCCGCCCACCUACCCCUCCCCCGGAGCCGUGCGCUCCAGGUGCUGCUAUGAACUGGGCGUUUCACGGUGGAACUUUUCCUUUUUUUCUGCUUUUCCACCAGCAGCUCGGCGACCUCAAAGGACGGAGACGCCGCCGAGCUUCAGAAGCUCCAGAUUUUAACCUUUAAAUUCAGAGACUUUAUACCAUAAAUGCUGCUACGUGUUUUCAAUAAAGUUUUUUAUUCACA